GUCGAUGAUUCAUCUCAUUUCAUUUCAUCUAUCUCUAUCCUCAUCUCUAUACCUUCCAUUCGUAUAAGACUACAUACUACCCAUGUAUCCUUCCUACAUGAACUAACUGCAUCAAUCCACUUAAUUACUAUAUUGUCAUUUUACUCGUCACACAUCUAAUUUACCCCCGAAAAUGGACGCCAUUCGCCAAAAUAUCGAAUCCGCCAAGGCCAAGGGCAAGGAAUACUAUGAUAGUAUGAUGGGGGAGCAGUCAAACACUAGUUCCGGUUCGACCAAUUAUACCGAUCAGGCGAAGGAUUAUUAUAAUAAGAUGAUGGGACAGGGCUCCGAGUACACCGAUCAGGCAAAAGACAAGGCCAAUGAUCUCAUGGAUCAGUCCAAGAACUACGUGCCCGAGUCCAAGGGGGAUCAUUAACUCGGAUCAUUAAUUGUAAUGUCAAG